UAAUCGUUUAACAUGUGCGCGUCCACACACUUGUUUGCUAAACGUUAUAGCAGCUGACUCAAGAAUCAUUUGAUGCUGCAUACCAGUUCGCGAGAAGAAGAACAUCACACUUACCAGCCUACCUAGAUUAAGAAAAUAAGUUUUUAAUUUGUGAGAAUGAAUGAUAAGAUUUGCUGAUCUCAAGAAGUUAGCUGUUUCAACGAAAAUUACGAAGAAACUUGAAUUUUAAAGUAGAUAAACGUUGCAGUUUGAAGUGCGAAUAAAAAUGAAUUGUGUUAAAGAAAAGAAUUAGCGAGUGAGAGGCAAGAAAACUUAGCAAUGUCAACGUUUCAUUUCAUUUGCUCUCGUUGGUAUACGGCAUGUUAGUAGCCUUGCAUAAAAUACGUCAGAAUAUUCUGGUUUUACCACUUUGAGUGAAGAAAAAAAGGGAAAAAAACAAACACAAACACAAAAGACAAAGGCCAGUGUUGUGGUUUCUUCGGUUCACUGCUGUUACGUUCGUUCAUUCUUGAAUUUUAUUCGCGAGUGCACUUUUUACUCUUUUGUGCCUUACAUUGUGUUUCCAUAUUUUUCCAUUAUCGCUUCGUAAUGAUGUACUUUGGGUACAGUAGUCAAAAUUGGUGAUUCAUAAGAUGUAAUAUUAUUUAGUGAAGAAUAUAACUGAGCGAAACAUUUUUAUCAGCGUCAAAUAGUUUUUACCCGUCGUUCGUUUAUUUCUAUUUAUGUGAAGAAAUAAAAACAAUAUAAACAAUUUUGUAUCUAAUGAAUUGAACAAUCAACAAGUGAGAAAUAUACCAAUGCCAUCGUGAUGACGAUCGAAACUGCCGAUUAAGUGGUUAAAUCAUGAAACAGCAAUUUAAAGCAAUAACAAAAUUUAAAAAAAUUUCUACGCUAUCGUAUCAUCUUUCAAAUAAACUUAUGCAUAUUUGUGUUUAAAGUGAUUUUUUUACUGAUUUUAUUAUAAUUUCACAAAAAUUUCAAACGGUCAUUUCUCCAUUAUUGUUAAAAAUACGGUUGAACGCUAAAGAGAAUCGAAUUAUAAUCUUGAACCACAUUUGAUCUACAAUCUUUCAAGUUAAUUCAUUUUUUGAUCAUCGGUAUAUCAAACAUCCGAAUGAGUUACUAGAAGAAUGGCUGCAAUUAUCCCCGUAACGCCGGCCGUGAAUGCUAGCUCAAUUUCAGUAUCCGAGUGUGAAACCAUUGAAGCGGAGCAACCUACUUCGAACUCAUUACUAUCAAAUAUAUUUUUUAUUCGGAAAAAAGAGUAUAGCGUAUCUCUCUGUGGUGGAAAACUAGUAUGGGAACGUUCAAGAACAAAACGCGAUCGAAACAUAGUCUCAGUCACAAAUAUAUUAUCAAUAAAUUUUAAUUCAAGUGUUAAAACUGAAAGAGCAUCAAAGGAAUUCACAAUUUUUUACGCAAAACGUAUAGAAAAUUCAUCAGAUGCAAACAAAUGGCGACAAUUUAGUCAAACAUUUCAAAACAACGAUAGCCAAGUGUGUCAAACGUGGAUACAGAUAAUACAGCGUCAAAUCGAUGAGCAAGUUGCGCGUCCGAAGCGUUUAUUGUUGUUUGUGAAUCCAUACGGCGGGAAAAAGCGAGCGUUACGUAUUUACGAUAGUAUGGUCAAACCAAUAUUCCAAUCGGCCGGUAUUGACGCUUCUGUUGUCAUAUCGCAACGUCCAAAUCAAAUACGUGACUUCAUCAUGACACAAUCGUUAGAACAUUUUGAUGGUAUUGUUUGCAUUGGGGGCGAUGGUACCUUCUCAGAACUUUUCAAUGGCAUUAUAUUUCGUACAUUCAAGGACUUGGGCUAUGAAAACUUCAGCAAUUUGGAUGAGAUUCCAAAGAUAAACGAAAAACCACUCGGUAUAAUUCCAGCUGGCAGUACUGACACCGUGGCAUAUUGUUUGAAUGGCACAUGCGAUGUUCGUACCAUCACUAUUACAAUUGCGUUGGGUUUUGUGAAUGGUUUGGAUCUUUCUAGUGUCAGCAAUCAAAAUGGAUCAUUGUUGAAAUUUUACGCAAGUGUUAUGUCAUACGGAUUCCUCGGUGAUGUAGCUAUUGAAAGUGAGAAAUUUCGAUGGAUGGGACCCAAACGCUAUGAUUACUCAGGACAUAAUGUGCCAGUUAAAGAUACAUCAAAAUAUGUUCAAGACGGGCCAACGGGUGAAAAUGGGAAUGUUCAUGAAACGACAGAGACAGAGACCGACGCAUGCGGGACCAGGAGGAUGCGGAAGUCAAUGGCGCGGGAGCAUUCAACGAAGAACGACUCUGUUCACCUCCAGAGAAGGGUGGGACUCUUCAGUGGGGUUGCUUUAAUUGUCGGGACUAUGAUAGGAUCUGGAAUAUUCGUUUCACCAUCAGGUUUGCUAGUGAGAACUGGGUCUGUGGGUAUAAGCUUUUGUAUAUGGCUCGCCUGUGGAUUACUUUCCCUUUUGGGUGCUCUUGCGUAUGCAGAAUUGGGAACUAUGAACACGUCGUCAGGGGCAGAAUGGGCAUAUUUUAUGGAUGCGUUUGGCGCUGCACCGGCAUUUCUCUUUUCGUGGGUUUCAACACUUGUUUUGAAACCAUCGCAAAUGGCCAUUAUUUGCUUGUCUUUUGCACAAUAUGCAGUUGAAGCAUUCGUCACCGAAUGCGAUCCACCGAUUAUAGUUGUCAAAAUGGUCGGACUGUUGGCGAUUGUGAGUAUUCUUUGUGUGAAUUGCUACAGUGUGAAUUUGGGCAUGGCUGUUCAAAAUAUCUUUACAACGGCCAAGAUGAUCGCUGUGUUGAUUGUCAUCAGUGGUGGUGCGUACAAACUCUACCAUGGAAAUGUUCAACAUUUACAAAAUGCAUUUAGUAAGCCGGCCCCACCAAUCGGCGCAAUCGCAGUUGCAUUUUACACUGGUCUUUGGGCUUAUGACGGUUGGAACAAUUUAAACUAUGUAACAGAGGAAAUAAAAAAUCCCAGCAAGAAUCUGCCACGUUCAAUCGUAAUUGGGAUUCCACUGGUAACUUUAUGCUAUGCACUGAUCAACAUUUCGUAUUUAACGGCGAUGUCGCCAGAUGAAAUGAUUGAUUCGGAAGCAGUAGCAGUUACUUUUGGCAACAGGAUUCUUGGUCCGUUAACGUGGUUAAUGCCUCUUAGUGUGACAAUUUCUACGUUUGGCAGUGCAAACGGAACACUUUUUGCGGCUGGCCGGUUGUGUUUCGCAGCAAGCCGAGAAGGACAUUUGCUUGACAUUCUUUCGUAUGUACAUGUCAGACGUCUAACACCUUCACCCGGUCUUAUUUUCCAUUCGUUGAUUGCUGCUGCUAUGGUUUUGUAUGGCACAAUCGAUUCGCUAAUUGAUUUCUUCAGCUUUACGGCUUGGAUUUUCUAUGGCGGCGCUAUGGUUGCUUUGAUUGUGAUGCGGUACACCAAACCAAAUUGUCCACGGCCAUACAAGGUACCGAUCAUCAUUCCAUACGUGGUAUUAGUAAUCUCUGCGUAUUUGGUCGUUGGACCAAUUAUUGACAAUCCACAAAUCGAAUAUCUGUAUGCACUGUCGUUCAUAUUUGCUGGUCUAAUAUUUUAUGUACCAUUUGUCAAAUUUGGUAUGACACCACGUUUUAUGAACAAGGUAACGCUGUUCCUUCAACUUUUAUUGGAAGUUGUGCCGACAACGACAAUGGGAAUGUUUGAUUAAGAAUGAAUAAAAAAAAAUUUAUAUAAAAAAAAUAACAAUAAAAUAAAAUAAAAUAAAACAUAAUAUAUAUUUUAAUGAAAAUAAGUAUGAAAAAAUUAUAUUGAUACGAUGAUUAUCACACUAAACAUAAAAAGCAAUUAAGAACAAGCACAUGAAGAUUGACAAAACUUCAAUGAUUUAUGUCAAGAAA